UACUUGCAACUUCUUUUGGAGGUCAUGGAACAAAAGGAUGCUAAAACGCAAAUAACUAAGACCCAGCUUAAGGCGUUGUAUUUGGACACUGUUGUGGCUGGUACGGAAACAACAUCCACAACCAUUGAAUGGGUAAUGACAGAACUGAUGCAACAUCCAAAGAUUAUGAAACGAGUUCAAGCGGAGUUAGACCAAGUAGUAGGAACUAACAACACGGUGGAAGAAUCUCAUUUACCAAAGCUCCAUUACUUAGAUGCAGUAGUAAAAGAAACAUUGAGGUUACACCCAGUUGCGCCCUUUUUAAUUCCUCAUUCUCCAAGUUCUUCAUGCGAAAUUGGAGGUUACAUUAUCCCUAAAGGCUCUACGGUGUUCUGUAAUGUGUGGGCAAUGCAACGUGAUCCAGAAGCUUGGAACGAUCCGCUACGGUUCCAACCUGAAAGAGUUUUGAAUGCCGAAAGUGUGAAGACGUUCGAUUACAAUGGUAAGAAUUUCGGUUAUCUUCCUUUUGGAUCUGGGAGAAGAAUCUAUGCUGGAAUUCCUUUGGCCGAAGGAAUGUUGAUGUUUGUUUUAGCGUCUCUGUUGCACUCAUUCAACUGGGGAUUACCUAAAGAUACGAAACUUGAUGAUACGGAAACAUUUGGGCUUGCUCUAAAGAAAUCGACUUCCCUUGUGGUUAUUUCUACACCUAGAGUAGUUAAGAAUGAUUUUUGGGCACUACUCAAAAAUGGAGGGGAACUACUUUUCAUUUUUUGA